GAUAAUGAAAAUUUCUUAGUUUCUAAUUUGUGAAAUUGACUUUAAAAGUUUUUGGAUAUUACUUAAAUAGAUAAAAGCUCCCUACUCUUUUCGCAACUAUUUAACUAAAUGAGUAUUGCAUGCUUUGAUAAUAAUAAUUUUUUUAUUUUCCUUGUGUAUGUUUAUAUACGGUUUUCACGUGUCAAUGCAACAGUAUGUGUGGGUAAAUGUAACACAGUACCUUUAUCUAAAACUUCCUGGCGAUAACUGCGUUCGAUUUUUUCUAGUCUUGUCUUAGGAAACAAAUAACUCACUAGGCGGGCGUCAAAAUUAUGAAGAACUCGUGGCCAUUAAGUGUCGCCUUCAUCUUAAUUAUUUGUGUAGUUAAUUCUUAUGAAGAUGCCACUGUAUAUAUAAGAAAUUUUGUAACCGGGCGAGGAUAUCCCUUCCAAGCCUACCAUGUUACCACAAAAGAUGGAUACAUUCUCGAGUUGCACCGAAUUCCAGGUGGUAGAGCAAACAAUAAAACCACAGCAGUAUCCAAUCUGCAAAAACCUGCAGUUUUAAUAAAUCACGGCCUGGCCGAUAGUUCGGCUGCGUUUUUAUUCGCCGAAACAAAUCAGUCUUUGGCUUACAUUCUAGCUGAUAAUGGUUAUGACGUUUGGUUGGGUAAUCAUCGAGGAAACAGAUUUAGCAGAAAGCACAAGACACUUGUUUCAUACGGAUUUAAAUUUUGGAAUUUCAGUUUCCAUGAGAUUGGUUUGUACGAUCAUCCAGCAAUGAUAGACUUUAUUUUGAAGGAAACUAAAGAGAAAAGAUUAUUCCACGUGUGUCAUUCAGAAGGAUGUACGGAAUUAUUUGUCAUGGCGUCACUCCGACCGGAAUACAAUCAGAAAAUUAAAUUAUCCGUCAAUUUGUCGCCCUCAGUGCUUUAUGGCCAUGCGCCACUUACAUUAAGAUCAGUUUUCAUGUUUUCGUAUUUACUUCAGGAAGUUUUUGGUCGUCUAGGUUAUAUAAAAGUGUUGGAUAAAAAUUUCGUUACAACCCUCAUAACUCGUUUAGUGUGCAAGAGAGGAUCGUUUACGCAAUACAUUUGUUACAUAAUAGUAUCUCUUAUACAUGGAUUUGAUUGGUUUGCAACAGAUACUAAUUUACUAUCUCAAUACUUGGAAGUUUAUCCUGCUGGAACGUCCGUUAAGGAAAUAAUUCAUUAUGGAUUUCUAUAUUUUUAUCCAGGCACAUUUAGACAAUUCGAUUAUGGAGAUUGUAGAAAUAGGGAAAUUUACAAUUCGACUAUGCCUCCAGAAUAUCCUCUUAGGAAGGCAACUUUACCAGUUGCAGUAUUUUACGGAGAGAACGAUAACUUGGGACCUGUGAAGGAUGUUCGUCAAUUCUCAAAGAUGAUACCUAAUGUAAUUGAAGGAACAUAUCUUAAAAGCUUUAAUCACUUAGGUUACUUUUUACGUGCAGACAUCAAAAAGCUAGUGUAUAAUAGAAUUCUUCAACUGUUUACAAAUCAUUGAUACAAUUUGACAAUUAAUUUGACAUUCAUUGUAUCUACUAAUUAUUAAAUUAUCAAUAAAUAAUUAGUGACAUUAAUAAUUAUGUAAGGUUUAAUGAAUAAUAAAACAGACAA